AUGCAUGAUUAUGAACAAGUAAACAAAGAAAUUGAAGAAUUUAUAAAUAUGAAAGACAAGAAACCUUUAGUUUUUAAUCAAGAAAGUAAAACUAUUUCAUCUGAUAAAAAAGAAUUAAUAACACUACUUACUGAAUUAUUAGAUCUUUAUAAAGAUAUUCAAUUAAUGUUAGAAACAAAAGAUUUUGAAGGAGUAAAAGACAAAAUUAUUAGUGGAGAUGUUAAAAAUGCUUUAGUAUGUGAAUCACUAAUGAAAAUUUUAAAGGAUGAAUGUGCAGAAAAAGCAGAAAUAAAAAAUCUAUGUCAAAGUGAACGGUCCAAAAUAAAAAAGCAUGAAGAGGAAAAACAAACAUUGUACUUGAAAAUUAAUAAAUUAGAAAGUGAUUUGGAUUUUACUAAAAGAAGUAAUUCGGAAUUAAGUAGAGUUAUUAAAGAUCAGAAAAAUCUAUUGAUUGCUUCAAAAGAGAAAUUAGAAUUAGAACAAAAAUCCUGUGAAAGUUUAAAAAAUGUUAAUAAAGAAUUAGAAAUAUUAAGAAAUAAAGCAUAUGACAGAGUUCAGACAUUUGAAAAAGAACUAAAUAUUUUAAAAGAAAAAUUACUAGAAAAAGACAAAAAUCUUAAAAAUCAACAGGUUCAGCUUAAAGAGACUGAUAAAGAAAAAGAAUGUUUAAAUAAAAAAAUUCUUAAUCUCGAGAAAACAAAUGAAUCUCUAAAAAAAAAGAUUGAUAUUAAAGAAAAGGCACUUGAAAUUUGUAAUGCAGAGCUUGCUAAAAUGAUAAAUAAAGCAAAAAAAGAAGAAGAAAUGAUUGAAGAGAUUAGAGAAAAAUCUUCCUAUUAUGAAAGGCUUUAUAAGGCAACUAACAAACAAAAUGAGUAUUUAAAUGCGCAACUAGCAAGAAUGAUUAACUACGAAAAUGUUGAAAAACUAGAUAAGAAUGAUUUUACAAAUUCAGAUUUAUCUUUGGUUACAACACAAAGUAAAGAACAGGCGUACAAAAAAAGGUGUAAAAAAUACAAGAAAAAAUAUAGAAUGGAAAAGAUUAAUAAAGAAAAAAGGCAAGAAGAAAUAGACGAAAUUAAGAAAAAUAUAGAAAAGCUUAAGAUUGAAAAUAAAAAAUUACAAAAAGAAAGAGAAACGGCUAUAGCAGGAAAUAAUGAAAUUUCUACCACUUUGAUGCAAAAAGUAGAAUCAUUAUUGGCACAGAACAUGAAAUAUCAAAAUAUGUUAAUAGACAACAAAGAUAAAAAGUUCGAUGCUACAAUUACUAAAAUAAAUAAUAAUGAAAAAGAACAAACACUUAAUGAAGAAGAAAGACACUUUAAUGAAAGUUUUAGAACUGUAAAAGAAGAUAAUGAUAGUUUAUUAAACUUUAAAUUACAAAAUAACAACAACUUGACGGUACCUAAAAAUAAAGAAAUAAUGUAUAAUGAAGUGUUUGGGGAUGCGGGAGAAACAAAAGUUCGUGGUGAAAAUGACUCCACAUUAUUUUUGGAUACAGGUAAUCUUCGUAGACCUUUUAAAUUAGCGAACGAAUAUGAUGAGAUACCCGAAGUUACUAUUAAAAAUAAGAUGUUUAAUAAUACACCUAAGUUAAGCAUUCCUAAUAGAUUUUUUGCACCUCCUAAAAAAGACGAAAUCUUUACAGACGAUAUAAAAAGAAUUCCAAAAAAUAAUUAUCAAAAAAAGGAAGAAGAUAAAAAGUCUGCAGAUAGUUCUAAAUCAGUAAAAACAACUUCAUCACUUAAAGACAUGUUAAUAAAGACUGAAAAUUUACAAAAUAAAUUUGAAAAUCUUGAAAAGCAAUUAGAAGAAAUAAAUGAAAGUGAACUUCCACCAACCAAAAAAAUUCAAGACCAAAUUAGAGCAUAUACAGACUAUUAUUAUUCAGACUACCUUGAUUUUUCUAAUGAAAAUGAUAUUUUAUAG